ACGAAUCAAACGAUGCGCCAUGUUAGCUAAAAACGUAAACGGAAAAGAAAGUAUUUUUUUUUAAUGUUUUAUGGUGUUAGUGUCCGACGUUAUUAACGUUCUUUACUUUCUUAUAAGAGUUAUGUGCUUAAGUAUUUAUUUAUCCUAGUAAAAAAACGUUAUUAGAAAAAGGGUGUAAGCCAUGGCUCUACCUGCAGAAGCUCAAAGAUCUUUCAGACUUUAUGUGACCCAUGUGGAUGGUGACGGUCUUUUUCUGAAGAUAAGUGGUCAGCUAGAUCAACAAUCAUCACUGAUGGUAGAGAGCUUGUUUGAAACUGCUCGAAAUAAUUUAGAACAGGGCGUUGGAGUGGUACCACCGACAGCUAUCCAAGAAGGUGUAAUUUGUGCCGCUAAGUAUAAAGAUGGAACCUAUUAUAGAGCGAAAAUUAUUAAUGUCACGAAUCUCGCAACUGGCUUAGUCGGAGUGCACUUCAUUGAUUACGGUAACAAAGACAUUAUUUCAUUAAGUACUAUACGCUUCUUAGAUAGUUAUGACCCUAUGUUUUUACAAUUACAAGGCCAAGCCACGGACUAUUAUUUAUCUCGUGUGAUGCAUCCCUCUGGAAGAUGGGAUGAACCUUUACUCCUAAAACUUCAAAGUUUGCUCUGCUAUGCUGAAUAUCCUGCGACAGUUGAGGCUCAAACAAUGUCAUUGCCAAUAAUAUCAAUACAAUUUAAGGGAAAUGAUUUAUCGACACAUCUAGUAUCAAAAAGAUUUGGCAUUGCAAUACCCGUACCCAAACAAGAAGUUCUGCUAUUACAAAUGUCUGAUAAUCAGCAUGGAACAAGCUGGUCACCAACCUUGCUGACUGACACUUCACCCUUUAUGGAACAUGUACCAUUCUUAAUUAAUCAAAACUUCCCUAACCCUGCAUCUGCCAUGCGUUUAAAUCAAAAUGUAACAGUACCAUUUAAUGGUGCCCCUGUUAACUCUGGGGUGGGUCAGAGAUUACUAGUCAACAGAGCAUCAAGGAACAUGGUAAACCUUAGGGCCCCAGUACGUCAACCACAACAUGCUCCUUCGGCCCCAUUAGAAUUACCGGUUAUACCAUCAUCACCAUCUACUAUAACAACCAAACCAACAUCUCCUAAGAAAUCCAUCACUUACAAGAGUAGACUACUUGAAGUUAAUUCACAGCACAAAGUUUUUGUAUCAUUUGCUGAAGAAGGCCCUGAAUUAUUUGCUGUUCAACUUGUAUCAGAUGCAAAGAAAUUGCAAGAUAUGAUGGAUGAUAUAAAUAGAAGGCCACACAGUAGCCUUGCAGAGCCUCCUAUGAUUGGAACUGUAUGUCUUGGUAGGAUGUCUGGUGAUCGUAUAAUUUGCAGAGCUAUAGUAAUGAAUUUGUCUGGAUCUCAGUGUAAAUUAUUCUUUGUGGACUUUGGAGAUACAGAAAUGGUGUCAUACUAUGAUAUAUUUGAUAUUCCUGAAGAGUUUGUUAAGCCAAAUGUUUUUGCUAUGCGUUUUUGUUUAUCUGGUGUGAAGAAGUUAGAGAAAAGCCCACAUUUGAAUGAGGCAUUUAAACAGUUAGUUAAUGGUAAAGUUUUGACUUUAAGAGUAGUGUCACCUGAAGGACCACCUUUGAUUCAAUAUGGAGAGCUAUUUUUGGACAAUAAAAGUAUAAUAGAAUUGUUAAUGACAAAUAUGAAAGAUAAAUUGCAAUUUAAGUGGAUGGAGAUGCUACCAUUAGGGAGUAAACAAUCAGUAUUAGUGUCAUAUGUAGAUAGUUGUAUAAAAUUCUAUGUACAAUUGUCUGACAAAAUUGAUGAGCUAAAGGCUGUUAUGGGUGCUGUUAAGAACCACUGUGAAAAUACUACAUCACCAGGGGAGCUAACCGUAGGUUCUGUAUGCUGUGCAAGGUUUCCUGAUGAUGAUAACUGGUACAGAGCAAUGGUUAUGGAAACUUCAGGGAACAAAGUUGUUGUUGCUUAUGUGGACUACGGAAAUGAGCAACAAGUAGACAUCUCAGACUUGAGAACAAUCACACCAGAUUUGACAAGACUGCCAGCACAAGCCAUGAAAUGUGCGCUCAAGGGGUUUGAAAACAGACCAAUAGAAACAAAGACAUCAAACCAAUUAGAAAUGUUAGCCUUAGAAAAAACUCUAAUGGCUCAUAUAGGUGGUGUUCUGUCCAAUGACACUAUGCUUGUUACAUUGAUUGAUGACACCGUUACACCCCCACUGGACGUGGCCAGAAAAAUGAACCAGCUCUCUCAACCAAGGAGCAAUACAAUUGAGGGCAAAGUGACAACGCCGGUACGUAAAGAUGCCCCAGAAUCAUUCAGUUCGCCAGAAGGCAGUGUGCCUGAUGACAACAGGAAAAGAAGUUUUAAGCGUGAAAAGAGCUUCAAAGAAGAGAGACGUAGGGAUGGUGAGGAAUUCAGUCAAAGAGGAAGCAGCUUCCGUGGACGAGAUCAAAAGGAGGGCUUCGAGAGAUCAGGCGCGGGACGUCACAGUGAAAAAUACGGCUCGAAGCCCGAAAGAGGGGAGAGACGUGGUCCGCCGAGACCUCGUGAAAACAACGCCCCGGCUCCCACGAAUAACGAGGAUGAAUGGGAAGAGAACGCUCAGGCCGUGCCAUCGCCGCCGAGACCCAACAGAGAUAACGGAAGGGAAAGAAGAAAGCCUAGGACAGAUCAAGAUAAAAGAGGCGCGUGGAAGAAGGAAUCAAGCGGAGUCGGCAAACGUCUAAGACAAGCGGCCGAAGCGGCUUCUUUAGACGCUCAAUCGCAUACACUCACUGGCCAACAAAGAGGCACAUCCAUACAGGACAGAUUGAAACGUGAUAAUAGAUUCAAUCAAGAUGAGGACCAUAGGACUGACGAUCGCGGCAAUAGAAACUUCAGACCGGAAAGAAGGGACAAUCGAGGGGAGAGACGCGAUUGGGGUGACAAGAAAGAAAACUGGAAUCAAAAGCGAGAUAACAGAAACGAAAGAGGAGAGAGACACGACAGGGGUGAGAGACACGACAGAGGAGAACGAGUAGGCAGGAGUAAUUUCUCGCCACGAGAGCGAGCUGAAAGGAAUGAUCGAUCGUUCGCGUCCGACAGUGACAAGAGAUCCGAAAGAAGCUUCCGGUCUCAAGAUAGCGGAAGAGAACGUAACGGCCGAGCACCGCCAUACAAACCUCGUGGCAAGUUCACUCAAGUGCAAUACAAGGAAUUAUCAAAUCCGCUACCUCUAGAAACACCGUUUGUCGAACCGUCUGUCGAAAUAGGAUCGCAGCAUGAGGUGUCCGUCACUUGGAUAAUCUCACCAGAAAACUUUUACACACAAAUAUUAACGUUACAACCUAAAUUUUUAGAAAUGAUGCACAUGAUUCCCGAAUUAUAUAAAGGAGUUAAGUCGUAUUCUGGAAACGUCCCAGUUGGUGCGUCGGUGUUAGCUCGAUUCCCCUUGGACGGUGUACUCUACAGGGCAACAAUUGUUUCCGUCCAGCCGUUCUCUAAGUUCAUUGUUCGUUAUGUAGACUUUGGUAACAAGCAACUCGUGGAUGCGAAAGAUAUUUGGCAAAUGGAGAAACAAUUGAUGGAGCUUCCGAAGAUGGCUGUUCAUUGUUCCCUAUCUGGGGUAAGCGCAAAGGAUGGCGAGUGGAAGGCAGAUCCCGAAAUAGAUCUUUGUUUCAACGCCCCACGUUACCAGUGCGUGUUCCAGGAAUGUGCAGAGGAACAAUACAAGGUAUCCCUAUGGAACAAUGGCGUCAGUGUAGCCGAUUUACUCGUCGAAAAACAGCUGGCUAUUAUGUCGGAAAAUCAAUCGUCAGUUACUCUUAAAGAUGAGGCAAUUGACUUGACAAUAAUUGUUGGACAACAAAUACUGUGCAGGGUGACACACGUGGAAUCUUUAGAAAAGUUUUUCGUCCAACUGGAUUUGGAUAAAGCCGAUUUGGUUGAAAGUGCGAUAGCCAACUUUGAUGAGGCCAAGUUAACGCCGUUGACUGCUGAGAGCCUUCUAGACGGAGUACAUUGUACAGUUAAACAUGAAAAUAAAGUAUAUCGAGCAAUACUAAACGAUGUUUCCGAUACGAACAAUAUUGUAGCCGUUCUACCAGAUUACGGGAACCAUAUUACUACCACCUUGGAUAAGCUAAUGAUACUACCGACGGAACUUAGUGUAUAUUAUUAUCAAUCUUUAUCAUGUUGUCUAAACAAUUAUACGAAAGAUUCAAAAACUUUACUAUCUCUAGAUGACUUAAAGAAAACACUGACUGGAAACAAGUUUAUAAUAUUCGUUAAUAAUGUUGCAGAGGUCUCAUUGAUUUCAACAUUAUAUGACGGAAUAACUGGUCAAAAGGUAGCUAUAUUCGAGCCGGAUGAUGGAGCUUAUGAUGAAGUAGUGCCGUUAUGUACGAGAGCCGUGUUCAAUUACAAUUUCGGAAAUGCCUAUAUGUCACAUAUAGAAAAUCUAAACGAAUUUUAUUUACAAAAAGCUUCCGAUGGUGACAAAAUUGCUCAACUCUUAGAAGAUUUAUACAAAUUCUAUGAAAAAGGUACGCCCGACGCUCUAACUGAAUUUGAUGUGGACGCAUUAUGCGCAGCUAAAUCAUCUGACGGUAAUUGGUAUAGAGGAACAAUAAUCAGCUCGUCUGAUACUGAAGUGAAAGUACAGUUCACAGACUACGGUAACUCUGAAACAGUGUCUAAAGAAUCACUCAAAAAACUUGACUCUAAAUUCUUUGAACCAUGUUCUUUAGCUCUAGUCGCUAGCUUGGGACUUGUGUCCCUGCAGGAUGAUACCAUUAGUAAACUACUAGAAUGGACAAAUGAAAAAGAAGUACAGGUCACACUUGCAUUUGGUAAUGAUGGUUGGCUUGCCAAUUUACACUUAGACGGUGUUGACCUUUCUAUGAAACUAAUUAAUGAAAAAUUAGCUGCCCCUCAGAUAGUUUCUGAUGAAACUACCGAAGAACCCGUACCGGAAGUUCCUGUCCAAGAACCCAUUUCAUUACCGGAAGGUUGUAAACAAGUUUACAUUAGUCAUAUUGAUACACCUGGACAUUUUUGGUUACAAAUGUUAAAUAAAGUAGACAAGAUAGAUGAAAUCCAAGCUGAAUUACAAAGUAAUGCUGAUAGUUACAGCAAUAUUGAAACUAGAGAAAUGGGGACAUUAUGCGUUGCUAAAUAUUUAGCAGAUGAUCAAUGGUACCGAGCAGAGAUACUCGAUUCAGAUUCUGAUAUAACAACUAUUCGCUUUAUUGACUAUGGCAACACUGAUGUUUUAGAUAACCAACCUGGAUUACUAAAAAAUAUCCCAGAACAUUUAAAGGAAAUCGAACGAUAUGCUAUUAAGUCUAGUGUAAAUGCUAUACCGACAGGAACAGGACAAUGGUCGGAGCCGGCAUCCGAUUACUUUACUCAGCUUGUUGGUGAUCUAUCGUCACCUGUAGAUGCAUUAAUCGUUCUUAAGGAUAUUACUACUUAUGUAGAUAUUUUCGUAAAUGGCCAAAACGUUACUGAUAAAUUAGUUUCAGAAGGUCACGCUACUAGAUCCGAGGAAACGGAAUGCGGUGAUUUACCUUCAUGUUUUGCUAGUCAUGUUAACUCUCCGUCUGAAUUUUGGAUUCAACUUGAAACUGCAGCUCCAGAAUUACAAUCAAUGGAGGCAGCGAUGAUUGAUGCUGAAAACUUCCCCGAACUGACUGAAAAAGAAGAAGGCGUUUUGUGUGCUGCUAAAUACCCUGAAGAUGGUGCCUGGUACAGGGCACAAGUAAUUGUCGACGGUUCUGAAGGCACAGAAGUGUUGUUCAUGGAUUACGGAAAUGCUUCAAUUGCAAACGAAUUACGCAGUCUUCCAGAUGAACUGAAAAUUAAGCCGGCUCUAUCUAGAAAGUGUGCUCUACAAAAGCCUCGUGAUAUUAAAACAUGGUCACGAAAAUCCGAGAUCAAAUUUAAUGAUUUGGCUGCUGAAGGAGCCACCAUUUUUAAUGUUCAGUUUAUUGCCUCAGGGGACAUUUCUAUAGUAGAACUUUAUCUUGAAGGGAAAUCUGUUACUGAGGAGCUAGUUGGGCUCUGUGAAGAACAUCCAGCGUCAGAAAGACCUACUCCUGUGGGACAAGACUUAAAUGCUAAUGGAAAAAUUUGUUAUGUUAACUCUUUAGAUGAAUUUUACGUACAUUUAGAUGACUCUAUAUCCAAUCUUGAUGAGAUUACAGAAAAAUUAAUUAACGGUAAUGAAUUCGAACCUAUUACGGAACUCAAAGUGGGCUCUAUAUGUGCUGCUUUCUGGGAUGAAGACAAACAAUGGUACAGAUCUAGGAUCUUAGAGUUUUGUGACUUAGGAUAUCAUGUGCAAUUCAUUGACUAUGGCAAUAAAGCUAAAUGUGAAAAAUUCAGUCAAUUACCAGAGGAUAUUGCAACUAUUGAACCAUUAGCUAAAUGUUGCCGUUUAGCUGGAUUUUCUGAUGAUGUCUCAAACGAAUCCGUCAAAUCAAAACUAGACGAUUUAGUUGCUGAGCUUGUAACAUUCCAAAUAGAAUUUUUAGAUAGCCUUAAAGAACCAUCUCUAGUAAGACUGUUCUUAAAUGGUACUGACCUAAGUUUUGUACUUAAAAGUGAUUCGCCAGAUAUCGUCGAUGAAGUUGAUCUCAACGCAGAUGAAAAAAAUAUUGAUGCAGCUAACAACGACAAUCAUUCCGAAGAUUUAAAUUCGUCGCAACAAGACUUGAACGAGAGUAUGAGUAGUUGUAACACAAUAAUAGAAAACAAAUCUUAUGAAGAAGAAAAAAACAACUUAAAUAAGAGUAUUACAUCCAGUGAAUCGAGUCAGAAUCACACACUUACACCUGAGAAAAAUAUUUCAACAGAUAGUCUAGAAAGUUCUAAUGAGACAUCAAUAACACCUGAAAAGGUAGAUUCUAUGGCAGCUUCGAAGACAGAUACGGACCAUAUUGGAAAAGAAGGUCAAGAUAAAAUAAGCAAAGAUGCAAUAUCUCCUGAUAUGAUUUUGGAAUCAAAGGAUGACAAAAAACAAAUUGAAGUUGAAAUAUAAUCUUUUAAAAUUAGCUCAUACCAAACGCAUAUUAACAUAUUAAAUGUUUUGUUAUAUUACUUGUUAUAGAUAUUUCAUGCGUAUUUUACAUAUUUACCAUUGAAGAAAAAAGAAAAAUUCGGAUAAAAUUUUACUAUGUGAUAAUUAUCACUAUAAAAUAUUGUGUUGUUUUAAUAACAUGUCCGGUUAUUUCAUUUGUUGAAAUUUUUAUUACUUUAUUAUAGUCGUGUUAUUUUUUUUUUUUAUAAUUUUGUUAAAUGUCUAUUUUUGGCGGUUGUUUGAGUACUCAAAAUAUUGGCGUAACAAUAAAGAUAUAUAAGUUAAUUAUAAAACGUGUUGUAAAAAAGUGGUGCUUUUGACAAUAUAAUUAUUAUAUUUUCCUGUACCCUUAUAUGUUAUUGUAAUUAAAAAAUACUCAUAUUUAUAAAGUGAUUUGUCUGCAUUAUGAAGAUUAUACAGUAAUUAAUAAGGUUUACUGCUAAUACUACGAUUUUUUUACUUUCUUAAUUUAUAAAUUUAUUUUUUUAUUCCUUAAAACAUAUUUAAUAAUCCCAAUAAGUACACGGAAAAGGUACAUAUAAUUUGUUCUUUUGUUUAAAAAAAAUAAAGCUUAAAUUAAAACAUCAAGUUUGAAUCUGAAAAUCUUUCAAGUCCCAAAUCAUUCUACAAAUUUGAAGAAAGAAUUGUAAAACGAUAAAUUUUUAUUUCAUAUUUUAAAUGUUGACAUUUUUCAGAUUAAUAUAUUUAGUAAGUAGUAUUAA